AUGUGGCCCCUAACAUCUUUAUCACGGAUAAGCGGGCGGAGCGCAGUGACAUUAUUCGAGAUUCGACUCGACAACGAUUUUAUAGUAUUUCGUGGCAAUGGCCAUGAGUCCGCAGGCCAGGCCUUGAAGGGACAGGUCGUGCUCUGCCUCUCGGCACCACUGAAACUGGACGAACUACAUUUGCGCCUAACAGGAACAUUGAGGUUAUCAUGGACGCAAGCUAAGAUGACCGCAACGGGAAUAUCACAACAGAAAGUCGACAAGACGAUUCCGAUCCUACAACACCGAUGGGCGCCGUUCGUCGGCGGCGCGGGGAAGAGCGUGACGUUGCAACCAGGCAAUUACGAGUUCCCCUUCGAGUAUAUGCUAGCCGGAGACACAUCGGAAUCCCUAGAAGGCAUCCCCGAAGCAUCCAUCUCAUACAGGUUAAAAGCACGUAUCGUGAGGCGCAGGCUCGCCAGCGACAUCCACACUUACAAACACCUCCGCGUCAUUCGGACCCUCGAACCAUCCGCCCUCGAGUUCCUCCACGCUAUGAGCGUGGAGAAUAUCUGGCCGAACAAGGUGGACUACUCACUCGUCAUCCCGCAGAAGGCCGUCGUAUUCGGUGGGUCAGUCGGCAUCGAGAUGCGAUUCACUCCGCUACUCAAAGGUCUGGAAAUGGGAGCAGUCACGGCGAAGUUGAUGGAGUGCCGGGAAUGUGUUGCCCAGGGGUCCAACCUUGCAAAACUUAAGGAAUUCAAGACAGAGCGAGAGGUGGGCCACUGGAAGUUCGACGUUGUGACCGAGGACUGGCACGACACCAUCGACGGCACCGGCCAGGAGGGAUGGGUACUGGAGAAGAAGCUGGACCUGCCCAAGAAGCUACGGCAAUGCGUGCAGGACAUAAACGAACAUGGCAUCAAGAUUCGGCAUAAGCUGAGGUUGAUAGUCUCACUCAAGAACCCAGAUGGUCAUGUCUCUGAGCUUCGCGCGACUCUACCCGUCGCGAUUUUCAUCUCCCCUAACAUCCCGCUGGACGAGGAGGGUAACCUGGUCAUGCAGUCACCCGACGAACCUGUGCCUCCGCUUAGUGACCCCGAGACAAUUGCGCCCCCGGGCUAUGGCGAGCAUGUUCUGGAUCGACUCUACGACGAUGUCCUCUUCGGCGGCUUCCAGACGCCGGAGAACCAAUCCGGCACCAACAGUCCUUAUUACCACCCAUCAGCAACCGCUUCUUCCGAAAGCCUAGCUCACGCAGCAGAGACCGGAGCCAGAACCAGAACUGACCCUGCCAUUGUAGAGGCGUUGGCAUCCCGCCUACAAACUAUGUCCGCCAGUCGAUCACGACGCAAUUCGGUACAUUCUAUGAAUAGCGGACCGCCUGACGAAAUGUCCAGGCGGCCUAGCCACGAGAAUUCUCCUUCUGGUCGGGUGUCUCCCGAGCACGCCGACGAAACUAUCCUUGAAGAGCUCAACAAAGUACCGAGCUACGCAACGGCAGUUAGGACCCCUGCUAGGCCGCGAUCGUAUAUCGGCCUACCUUCCAUGUUACCAAUGUAUGAAGACAUCGAACCCGAUGUCCCAAGCUCCCCAGCUAUCCCUGACGAUAGUGCCACGAGAUCUGAGCCGGAGAGGACGGAAUCCACCGAAUACGACUCGGGCGAUAUCCAGGAAUCUUCUCCGGCUGAGCAACUCUCCGAUUUCAGUUCCACGCGAUCCGAGUCCCUGAGUAGUCAAGGGAGCCAGAGGUCUCAGAGGCCUCAGACCGCUAUUGACGCUUCCCAGCCUCGAACCGUGCGCCCCCGGCCCCUCUCGGGCUUCUCAGACGCUCUCUUACAACGGCUGUCCAACCAUGCCUAUGGUCACUAUGGACACGGCCUCGACCCUCGUCCCUAUCAAGGAAUGCGUCCCACUAUGCAAUGCAUGUAG